AUGUCUUUUUCCCAAAACAAAUUGAACAUUUUCGUCACUGGCGGUACAGGAUACAUCGGGGGAGCUGUUCUCUCUCGCCUCAUCCAACACCCCGACGCCAAGUCCUUCGAGAUUUCAGCUCUAGUACGCACAGCGGAAAAGGCUAAAAAGCUCGAGACGCUUGGUGUUCGCCCAGUGAUUGGGUCAUACUCUGACCUGAAGGUUCUCACUGAAGAAGCCGCUAAAGCCGACUAUGUUAUCGCUUUGGCUGAUGCGGACGCGUUGCCUGCUGCUGAGGCUAUCUUGGCUGGUUUGAAACAGCGACAUGAGAAAACGGGGACUGUUCCAAAGCUGAUACACACCUCUGGCACUGCUUUCAUCAUGGACAACGCAAAGGGCAUGCAUGGAGAUCAUACAAUCUACAGCGACUUGUAUGCAGACGCUAUCGCGGCUUUGCCUGAAACCGCACCACACAGACACGUCGACAUACCCAUUAUCGGGGCCAAUUUGGAAGGCUACGUGAGGUCAUAUAUCGUCGCUCCAGGAACUGUCUUUGGCACCGUCUCAGGACCCCUAGUUGAUCUGGGUAUCCAAAACGAACACUCUAUUCAAUUCCCCCUGCUCUUCAAAGUCGCCAUCGCCCGCAAACGAUCAGAUUACAUAGGCCUCGGGAAGAACAUCUGGCCAGCCGUCGAGGUUAACGACACUGCCGACCUAUACUUGAUACUCUUCAACGCCAUCCGCUCCAACCCAGACAGUGUACCUUUCGGCCAAGAGGGCAUAUACUUUGCGGAAAGCAGCGAGUAUACGGGCUACGAAAUUGCCAAAGCUACAUCUGAGGCUCUUGUCGAGCUGGGGGUGAGUCAGCCUCACGAGCCUACUGCGUUCAAGCCAGAAGAGCUUGAUCAGUACUUUGGGAAAUUCUGGCCGUUCUUGUCAACCAACUCUCGUGCACGAGCUGAUCGGUCCCGUGCGCUUGGCUGGAAGCCUACUCAUGGAAAAGAUGCACUGCUAGCGAGUAUAAAGCCGGAGGUGGAGUAUUACUGGAACGAAUCACGCAAGUAAAUCGAAAAAAAAAUGGAGCAUUGAGUCUAUAAAUGUAUGUAAAUGUAUGGAUAUAACCAAGGAAUGGUGGUAAUACAG